AUGGCGGGGACGGCACGCCACGACCGAGAGAUGGCGAUCCAGGCCAAGCAGAAACUCACCACGGCCACUGACCCCAUCGAAAGGCUCCGCCUGCAGUGCCUAGCCAGGGGCUCCGCGGGCAUCAAAGAACUUGGCAGAGUGUUUCGAAUUAUGGAUGACAAUAACAACAGAACCCUUGAUUUCAAAGAAUUUGUGAAAGGGUUAAAUGAUUAUGCUGUGGUCAUGGAAAAGGAAGAGGCAGAAGAGCUUUUCCAGAGGUUUGAUAAAGAUGGAAAUGGAAAAAUAGACUUUAAUGAAUUUCUUCUCGCAUUAAGACCUCCAAUGUCCAGAGCCAGAAAAGAGGAUGACAAGACUGGAGAUGGCGUGAUAACAAUUGAAGACCUUCGUGAGGUGUACAGUGCAAAACACCACCCGAAGUACCAAAACAGAGAAUGGACAGAGGAGCAAGUGUUCCGGAAAUUUCUGGAUAACUUUGACUCACCCUAUGACAAAGAUGGAGUGGUGACCCCCGAGGAGUUUAUGAACUACUAUGCUGGGGUGAGCGCUUCCACUGACACCGAUGUGUAUUUCAUCAUCAUGAUGAGAACUGCCUGGAAGCUCUAA